AAUUCCAGUCCUAGCGGCGAACAGCGCAGUGCAGUAACAUUGGUUUUGCAGGGACGUCACUAACCUGCGUACGUGAUUUCUAAAAGGUGUUUAUCGUAAUCGGAUUAAACGUCAUAUAAAUCAGCCCUCUAAAGAUGCACAGGCUACCCCGAAGAGUUGUUUACUGUCAGUAUCGAAGCACUGUUAGAGCGCAAAGCCACAAGCGGUUCUCUUCUAGUUCGUCUUCUAGUUCUCUCGCAACAAAGCCUGUUGGAAAUGAGACGAAAGAAGACCAGGGAGCUAGCACCAUCCGUAAUGGCCGUGAGAUCUCACUCUUUGGGCCCAAGGACUUGAGGGUGCCCCUUCCAGGCAAUGUAGGCGUAGUGCCAAUAGACUUUGGCGCGACCCCAGUAGCACCCGAACGCCCCAAGACGUGCGAUGUGCUCUCCAGGGAGACCAACUCCGAGCGCUACCACAACAUUUUGGCGCAGUUCCUCAGUCCACCUGAAGAGCUUCUGAAUGAAGCAUUUGGCGGGGUUCCUGGUCCACCUACUACACUAGAGUGCAUUGCUCAAGACUGUCCUGACUUGAUGAAGAAAGACUUCCAGGACCUGUUUCCAGCGAGGAACAUCUUUGGCGAUCCACUAACGGUGAUCACCUUGACCCAGAAGACGGAAAACGACAUGACUUACUGGAGCGAGGAUGUGGAUGUUGAGAGGGAAGAGCUCACGGGGCAGUUUGUGAUGACAGCACGGAAGAUAUGCAGCUCCCUGCAAGAGGCUGGGUACUGGGCCGACUUUAUCGAUCCAUGCAGUGGAAGGCCGUCACUGGGACCUUACACCAAUGCGACACUCCUGGAAACUGAUGAGCGUUACAGGCACUUUGGAUUCACCAUUGAAGACCUUGGGUGUUGCAAAGUGAUCACUCAUCACUUGUGGGGAAGCAAUGCCUUUGUGGGCUGCUUGUUUACAAAUGCUCCUGCUGACAGCCUAGAAGUACAAAAGAUACUGUGUCAGCACAAUGAGUGACUUCCAGCAGGACACUGCCAAAGGACAUAUAAAUAUUUGUACAUUGCUGGCUGGGCACUGUGUUCGAGAUAUUCAGUUCCGCAUGAACAGUGAGAAAAUAAAACUAUUAGGGAUAGA